GUGGCGCACGCAUGGCGCUCACAGUAAAGACAGAGUAACAAAUCAGGAAUUUCCCUCCUGCCACUCCUGAGACUGCGCAAGUGAGGACGAAAGUGAAGUCGUUCUCCUCAGAGAGGGACAGCCUAAGCGGGACCUUCUACUUUUGUUACUUCAUUUUUUAUUUAUGUUUCGCCAGCGUUAAUCAUAAAGGGGAUGCAUGUUUUCUUUCCUUAAAGCGAGCCAGGACGCAGCACUUUUGCACGCUGCCCUCGUUUCGAAGAGUUUUUUUUUUUUUUUUUCAUGGAAGUAACGGCGCAAAAUACGAGGACGACGUUUAUGAGCAAAACUGCCUUUCUCGCUUUUCCCAAAUUUGGGGUCGUAGUGGAUUCCCGCGGACUUUUUAACAACUCGUUUGGAGACAGAUUUGGAUUAAGUGCGCAAAACCAAAGUUUGUGUGUGGAAUAAAAAAGAAAAAAGGCGUCUAGAAGGAUGCUGCUGCUUGUACGAUGGAAGUGAAGAACUUUUUUGCUUUUGCGGCGGUGGUUGUUCUCCUUUUUAGCGUCGUUGUGAGCCAGCAACUGAAUCCCAAAGGCAGAAAUGUAUGCAAAGCAACAGGAUCUCCAGGCCUGGUGUGCUGCAGCGGAUGGGCUCAGCUAGGCGAGGAAUGCCUCACACCUCUCUGUGAAGGCAACUUCACCUGCAAGGAAAACGAGGUGUGCGUCAGGCCUAAUGAAUGCCGCUGUCGCCAUGGAUAUUUCGGGGCAAGCUGUGAUACAAAGUGUCCCGCCCAGUUUUGGGGUCCCGACUGCAAGGGUAAAUGUAACUGUUACCCAAACGGCAAGUGUGAUGACUUGACUGGAAAGUGCACGUGCAACCACAAUCGCUGGGGGCCCAACUGCGAGAACAUGUGCAUGUGCCAAAAGGGCAAAUGCGACCAGGAUACGGGCUUCUGCACGUGUCACCCGGGCGUGUGGGGCCCUCAGUGCAACAACAACUGCUACUGCAGCGUCAAUUCGGUGUGCGACCCGAUGACGGGCCACUGCCUGUGCAGCCCCGGUUGGGCGGGGCGGAACUGCGCCAUCCAGUGCAAUUGCAACAACUCGCCGUGCGACCAGUUUACGCAGCGCUGCCAGUGCCGAGAGAGGAUGUGGGGUCCCAGGUGUGACCGAUAUUGCCAUUGCGUCCACGGAAAGUGCAACCUGGCCGAUGGCUCGUGUACCUGCACGCCGGGCUACCGGGGGAAAUUUUGCAGAGAGCCUUGUCCUGCUGGUUUCUACGGGCAAAACUGCAGGAACAAGUGCGGCCACUGCAAAGACCAGCAGCCAUGUAAAGUGACGGAGGGAAGCUGCGUCACGUGCGACCGAGGCUGGAACGGAACGCGCUGUGACCAGCUCUGCUCCAAAGGCUUCUUUGGCGAAAACUGCCAGGAAGUGUGCCCCACCUGCAAGGACGGCCAUCAUUGCGACCCCAUUCAGGGCAAGUGCUUGCACUGUAACCCCGGCUGGAUUGGGGACAGGUGCGAGGUGAGCUGCCCCAACGGCACGUAUGGCGAGAAUUGCGAAAACAACUGCAGUCACUGCUUCAACGGCAACUGUCAUGUCGUCACCGGCGAGUGCUUGUGUGACCAAGGGUUUUACGGCACUUACUGCAAUAUGACCUGUCAACCUGGAAAAUACGGCGUGAACUGCAACCAAACCUGCUCGUGCCAUGACAAGAACUGCGACCCAGUUUCUGGUGCCUGCUAUCUUCAGCCAAACCAGCGGAUGGGCGUGAUUGCGGCCGGAACACUCGUCUCCUUUUUGCUGAUCAUCCUUCUCUCUCUUCUGUGCUGCUGCUGCCUCUGUCGGCACAAAGACGACCACAACAAAAAAGCCAAGCGGAUUCUGUGCGGACGAUUUAGCCGAAUCAGCACUAAACUUCCCCGUAUUCCACUGAGGAGACAGAAACUGCCAAAAGUAGUUGUAGCCCACCACGACCCCGAGCACAACUUCAACUGCAGCUUCAUCGAGCCCCCCUCGGUGGCCGAGCAGCCUUCACCUUCCUCCUGGUCCUCCCAGGAGUCCUUCUCCUCCUUUGAGAGUGGCGACGAGGGUCCAGUUUACUGCGUGCCCAAUGAAGAAUCUGUGAAUGAAAGCAAGGAGAAGCACAGUCACAGUCCAGAAACCCAGAAGCCAGAAACUGCUCCCACUGAUGAUGAUGCAGGAGAGUACACCUCCCUUAAGGAUACCAGUGUCGUGAAAACAGAGGGAGGUGAUCAACCUGUGUUGAAGUCCUCGGACAGUGAAGGCUCAACCAGCGGUUCCGAGUACGCGGCUGCAACCCUUUACGCACGGAUUGCCCGUCUCUCCAAGCAGUCCAAGGAGGAUGAAAAUAGUGGCAAAGAUGGGGACUUACCAAACCCUGAGUACAAGCGCAACGGGAAACCACCACCGUCACCUGGUAAGCCUAAGCCACGACCGCCAGACCCCUCAACCAAGCCAAAGGUAUCAUGGAUCCACGGAACCACUCCCCAGCCGGAACAGCAGGGGCAGGGAGGCAUUAAAGCUCUCGCCGUUCCGAAAGUGAAAAAAAGGAGUUCCACUGAAGCCUCAGCCAAGAGUGAGAAGAGCAGUGAUCAGCAGAGAAAGCACGACGGUGACACUGAUGGGUCACCCAAUAAACACAAACCUCUGCGAGGCAAGAAGUCUGGGGAUGAGCACAGCAGUCCCAGUCACAUGGAGCACAUCAAUGGUGUGGUUCAGAACGCCCUCAGGAAGAUUAGUAACUUCCACACCUCUUCGUCUGAGAAGAAGAGUAGUGAUAGUUCAAAAGAGACCCCCAAGGAUCCACCUAGGAGCCCCAAAGUCAUCCAUCCCCACAUGAACUCUGAGGCCGCCACCCUCCUGGCUGCUCAGCUCAAGGAGAAAACCCAAAGCAUCAACAGGAAUGAGGGGACGGGCCUGACCAAGACCAACGGACUAUCAACACCCAAGGGAACCCGGGAGAGGCCCACACCUCCGCAGAAAGCCAAAAGGACCCCGUCCACAGGUUUGAGCCAGCAGGGAUCCACUAAGCCACUGCUGCCCACCUCCAGCAACCUCCAGAAGAUGGUGGCGCCCGUCGCCACUGACCACGGGACCCCUGAAACCAAGAGCCCAGAAAAGCAGGACUUGAACGGCUCAAGGCCGGGGGAUCUAGUGGCGGAUGCUACGCCAAAGAAGACUCCCAUUAAAAAGCCACCAAGGAAGAAAGGCAAGGAGGCCACUUUGGAUAUGCCAGAGAACAAAACACCCCAGCAAAAGACAGCCAUCAUGCCGCCGCAGAUGGUCAAGUAAGUGUUUAGUUCACAAAUUUGCUGCAUUUGUAUGCAAAGAGACGAGAAAUCGAUUCAUCAGAAACUGAAACAAGUCUGCAUCGACACCAGGGCCUACCAAGUGUGACGAAUGUUUUUUUAAGCAAAGAUCAACAUAUCAUACCCCUAUGCAUUUCAUCAUCCGUAUUUGUUUCAAAACACAAUCUGUCGCCAGUGAUUCAUUCAUGAAAACUGGGAUGUUGGAUAGGUGCCAGUUGGAACUUAGCGGUGUGAUGUCAUUCCUUAAAAGAUGAACAAAAAAAAAAAAAAAAGAAUUUGACAUCUGUGAUGAAGAAAUUAAAGUCUGUGAAGAGACAGCAAAGAAAUCCAGGCGAGAAAUCAAAACUUGAUGCAAGAGAUGAUGUUGCAUCGUGUCUACUAUUGGGCAUUUGGAUUUCAAAUUCCUUGUAGAUGGGGAAUACUAACAACCUAUUAAUCAAAUAAUUUGUUUAUAAAAAUGGUUCAGAAUAAUUCUCUUUAAAUUGUUUCAAUGGCACUUCAAUUUUUUUGAUGCUAGUAAGAAUGUUAUCGCUGGAAAAGUAUCCAAGGUACGGAUCCUGCUGUGCACUAAUAGCGCCUCUGCUGGUUUAGGUCACAUCGUGCAGUCUGUUUCUGUCGUUUCACUCAAAGUAAAACAAUUUCCGUGUUUAUAUAAACUGACGAUAUCUCACCAGAAUACAUACGUUCCCUUAAUGCGUGACAACCUGUCGCAAUUUUCCUCGUCAGAAGUUGGACAUUUGCAACUUCCCAGUUUUCGAGAACGCGGCAUUAGUCAAACCUGCAGCUCUACAGUUUAUCAUUCUGUUUAUAACUAGUCUUCACAGGUACUAAACAUACUGGUUCUUCUCAAGACCACAAGCUAUCUUUCUCCCAUUUCUGUGGACCAGCAUGCACGAUCAAAAACCCUUUUUUAUAUUACCUUUUAUAGCUAACUAAAUGAUAUUUUACAGAAUGGGGUACUGAAUGACAGCAACACAAUUCUUCUUUAACCAAAGUAACAGAUUCAGUCCAGCAGUUUGCCAAAAAGUAACACACGGACUUGUGUACGAGUCCGGAAUUUACAGUGAUGCUUGUCCUCCAUGCCUUCCUGACCUGUAAACAGAAAGCGUUCUCGUGAUGUUUAGUGUUUCACUUCUUUCGAGCCAUGAAAGCCAACCAAGAUACCACGUAGAAAAAUUUCGACGUUACAAAGACAUCAAGAGAUUCGGAACAGAUUUUCUUGAUUUUUGAGUGUCUGGACAGGCACCAAAUCACCAGAAUGUUGUUCUCGGGUGAGAAAUCAACAUAAGCUAAAAUCCCAAGCCCCGGUUGGGCUGCGUGAACUUUUUGUCAUGCUUAUGAAACCCUUUAAACCGUCCAUUUUCCAAACCACAGUCAUCUGGAGUUCGCGCAAGCUGCAUUUAAUAAAACAGAAUCUCCGUCUAAUGUUUUGUCUGUGAACGCAUGUGUCAAGAAAUGACUGUUCUCUCAAAAACAGAUCAAUGAAUGUGAUGAGGACCUUAUUCUCUUGUCUGAUUCUCUCAUCAGGUUGUAAUAAAAAUUUGGGGAAAAAAAGAUCUUUUUGGGCCAAAAGGAUCAUAUUGUCAUUCGAUGCUGAAGUAACAAGCUGCUUUUUGGGGUGAAACUUAAUGGUAGCAUGUUUAAAAGUGUGCCUCAACUGUGGAUCAGUUUAAGCAACAGUAUUUUGUCAGCUAGUCUCCCAUUUUUUUUUUGUUUUUUUUUUUAAUCAAAAGGCGGAAUCACAGGUACUUAAACUGGAAUGAUUCAUGUUUUUCAAGAGAAAAUGAUUUAUUGUUCAGGGUGUUGUUGAAUAGCUAUGUUGAAAGUUUGUCUGUUUAAGGUACAACUUCUUAUGUUACUUUUGUGUCUUUUACAACAUGUAUACGUUGUGUACUUUUUACUAUCUUUGUAAGCCGUGCUUAUAUGACCCUCUGUUUUUUUUUCUCUGUGUGUCUGGCUUUCAGGUCUGUUCCAAAGGAGUAUUUGAGCUACUCUGUCAAAAAAAUAUAUAAAAAAUGUGAAAUUACGAGAAAAAGUCAUAACGUUACAACUCCCUCACAAAUUAACGCAACAGUGUGAGAUUAAUAGCUGCCAUCUUUCUUGACAUAUAUUGAUCGUGUAAAUUAUUAAUUAUUCUGAAAACACUUUGUGUUGAUGAUUGAUCAAAGCCAACAAAAAGGGGAUUCUGCAUGUUCAGUUCUUCAAAAGCCUUGUAAAGUAAAUUCAUAGAUUUGUUUCUCAAGUCUAGCACUUCAGAAUCUGAAUCCCGAUUUUGUAUGUGCUGCAUUUUGACAGGAACGAAUCACUUCCAGUCAUAAUUGAAUCGUCACUGCUCGUACUGUUCCAAAAUAAGGAAACGUCACUGUCCAAUUCAUGAAACAUCCAAUGAGACUAUUUAAAAACUAUUUGUUGUAGUGUAAAGAGAGUGGAGUGACGUACCAAAAAAUAUUUUCUUUUAGGUAAAAGUUAAUGGUAAAAUGGCUUACUUUAAGCAGGAUCCCUCAUCAUACCGUGGCUCAAGAGUGGUUUUGUUUGUGUCUCUGUGCCUUAAAUCUGUGCGUAAAUAUGUGGUGGCUGGGACCAGCUACCGCCAUUUUAGCCUGCUAGCUAAAUGUCAUCAUCUACAACACACUGUAUUGGAUCUUGCACGUAGGAUUCCAUUGCAAGUAUGGAAGAGUAUGGAAUUUGAGUUGAUCAAUUUCCAGGACUGGAAAAAAUUAUAUUCAUGUUUCUAAAAAUGUUCUAAUAAUUCUAUUUUCUAAAACAAAAUGUUUUUAAGGUCCUUGGAAGAGCAGCUACAAUUAUGUUUGUGUGAGAGGACACAGUGUUAUACCAGGCUCUUGGUGAAUACUCGAUCCUGAUUGGCUCAGAAAAUUCCAUCAUUUCUAUCAGAACAUCAUUGUUCCAAAAAAAAUGCGUAGCACCCUUUGUCGUUAGAUUAUACGAGCGAACAUAGCAACCAGACAGCGUGAGAUUUUCCGAUAAGUAAACAUACUUCACUCUAAGGAUGUAAAUUUGCUCAUUUGAAACAAUAGUGAGUGAUGAAGUCAUUUACUUUAAUUGGGGAUUACAACAUCUUCCUGAAUUGCGAUUAGCAAUUUUAUUACCGUAGCGUCUUGUGGCCUCACUUGGGGCGGCCGCUCUUAAAGUCCUGAAGGUAAAACAAUGACUGCGAGCUGCUGUGAAAGCAACACUUCAUCACCAAGUCCAGACUAAAAAAUGAAUGUUGCAUUGCCAAAGCCACAACUGGCCGAUUUAAUCAAGUCAAACUUUUUUUUUUUUUUUACAGCGAGGACCUAAUACUCCUUUGUACCAUUUUUUUUCGUUCGUUUCGUUUUUUGUUUUUGACUUUGUCUAACUUUUUAAGCAAAAUUCCAUCCUGUAAAGUUCACAAUGUAAUUGGUCUCUGUUGAUGUUAUUGUUUUGCGGAACACUUAACUGCAUGAUGCGGAGUACGAUUAUAUGGCUUUACCAGCUGCGCAGGAAAACUUUCCCUUUUCCGUAUAAGAAAAGAUUGUACAAGAUGAUGAUGCCACUGACGAAACCAUUACAUACUUUAAAAGCAUAACGUGUCAUAAUGACCUGGCAAUUUUGAAAUCUGACUGGCCCCUAGCUGUUUUUUUUGAAUGGGCUUGCAUUUGUCUACAUGAGGGCCUCAAAUGCUGCAACACUGAUACCACCUGUAAGAGUGUAUUUUAUUCUUUGGGGGUUUGUUUUUAAGCAUAUUUGUGUAUGGUCAUUAAGUCAGUGUUCUCAUUUACUUACCUGGAAUAAAAACAAAAAAAAAAAAAAACAAUGGCA